AUGAAAUCGACAGAAACGAGCAAUAGUAACAAGAACUUGUUCUUCCUUGCGCUGAGCAAGAACAAAGCAACCAUUUAUGAGUAUGAUGUCCGCUUCAGCGGUUGUAUCAUAAACGACAUAGAAGAGGAAAUUAAACGGAGUGAAGAAAAUGGUGUGGCGUUACCUAACGAAAGUACCAAACACGAAUGCAUAGACAUGAAAGAAACGACCGAAAGCAAUGAAACCCGAAACCCUUCUUUUACACAAGUAAAAAAAAAUGGAAAUAAAUUUAACAAUGAUUUUGUACUGAAUCGGGGAAUUCGUAUUUAUAAAGAAUUUGAUGAUGUGGAGUUAGCCACUUGCACAAAUGAUUAUAAAAAAAUAAUUCUCGUGAGAAAAUCUAACUUACACGUGGCAGAAAUUAUAGACCUACGACAAGAUGAUGAUGCGAAGAAGGAAAACCACCCCUCCUGUUGCUGCUCCUGCUGCUGCUCCUCCUCCUCCUCUUCCUCUUUCCAAAUAAAAGCGAAGACGCCCAUUAAGGCUAUUUGUAGCAGUCCCAAGGAUAGUCAUCUGGUAUUGUACUGUCAGUAUAAACCGGAGGUAUCACCACAUAAUUUGUUCAUGUAUAAGAUUGGCAAGGCGGCUGAUCCGAAGAAGAAAAAAAAGAAGAAAAAGGGGAACGAUGACCACGUUGUUGGUCAUCAGGUUGGUGGUAAUCAUGUUGUUGGUAAUCAUGUUGUUGGUAAUCAUGUUGUUGGUAAUCAUGUUGUUGGUAAUCAUGUUGGUGGUAAUCAUGUUGGUGGUAAUCAUGUUGGUGGUAAACCUGUUGGUGGUAAACCUGUUGGUGGUAAUCAUGUUGGUGGUAAUCAUGUUGGUGGUAAACCUGUUGGUGGUCAUCAUGUUGGUGGUCAUCAUGUUGGUGGUAAUCAUGUUGGUGGUAAUCAUGUUGGUGGUAAUCAUGUUGGUGGUAAUCAUGUUGGUGGUAAUCAUGUUGGUGGUAAUCAUGUUGGUGGUAAUCAUGCUGGUGGUAAUCAUGUUGACGGUAAUCAUCCUGUUGGUGGUCACCAUGUUGGUGAUAAUGAUGUUGGCAAAGGGACGAAUAAAAUGUCGAGUCAAGGCCACCACGCAGAGGAACACAGCGACCACGAGGACGGCGCAAGGGGCCAGUGCGAUAAUCAUUUUGAUGAAAUUCCCGUCCGUGUGGACACGCUCAAAAGUUAUAGUAGUAAAUUGUGGCCUUUCUACAAAUGGAGCGAGAGCGAGUCUAUAUGUGUUAUCAGAAUUAACAACACCAUUUACAUCUAUAAGGAAAAUAAUUUCACAUCAUAUGUAAAUAAAAUGACCUUGGAAAAUUUGGAAUUUUUGGAUGUGUCCCCUGAGCAAGGUAAUAAAAAAGGAGGAGGUGGACAAGGAGGUGGAGGUGGACAAGGAAGAGGAGGUGGAGGUGGACAAGGAGGAGGAAAAGAAGGAGGAGGAAAAGAAGGAGGAGGAAAAGAAGGAGGAGGAAAAGAAGGAGGCGGACAAGGCGGAGGAGGGGGAGUGUUUAUCGCGACGUAUGAAAGAGGAUCUAAGGGUAAACCAUCCGUUUUUAAGCUUUUUAAAUCAUCCGAUUUUGGAAACCACGUGUACUCCAAGACUUUUUUUAAUUCAGAUGAAAUGAAGCUUAAAUGGAACAAAAAUGCCAGUGCAGUGUUGUUAAAUGUACACACACAGGUGGAUAAGGAGAAGCAGUACUACUAUGGACUGAGUAAUUUAUUUUUUAUCGAAACAAAUAAAUUUAGCGAAGUGAAUAUAAUGACUGAUCGAGGACAAAUCUAUGAUUAUAUAUGGUCCCCUAAUCAAAACAAGUUUUACGUUUGCAAAGGAGACAUUCCCGCAGAAAUUGUUUUGUAUGACAAAUGUGCUAACGUAGCUCAUUCCUUUGGAAGGCAUAAAUUUAACACCCUAAGAUUGAAUUGUUCAGAGAAGUUACUUUUAACAGGUGGGUUUGGGAAUUUAAGUGGAGACAUCACUUUAUGGAACACUUCCACAAAGAAAGAAGUCAGCAAAACAAAAGCAUCCUGUGCAGUGGUGUGUGAAUUUUUUAACGAUGGAAAACAUUUCCUCACCGCAACUACCCACCCAAGACUUCGCGUCGAUAAUCACUUGAAAAUUUUUACGCAUGAUGGUUUUAUUGUUAGUAGAAUUAAUUUUGAAGAAUUAUACAAGGUUAUUAUUCUCCCUUUUAACAAGAUUAAUUUUUCCGAAUCCGAUGCAUCUUUGGGUAUUUACAUGGAAAAUUCUACGCAGGAAUUAUACAUACAUAAACAGUUAGGUAUUGAUUCGAAGAAAACUGGCGUUUAUCGUGCUCCUGGAACUUCUGCCACGGCAAGGUUAACUUUAAAUGGGUUUAUGAAUGCCAAGAAACCAACACAAAGGGCGAUCAAAACCAAAACACCGGGUGCCAACUUCGUGCAGCAGAAGGAGAAAAAGACGACGAAGACAACGUCGUCGAAGAAAAAGAAAAACAAAAAGAAAAAGAAUACCCAAACGGACGAAAACGACACACCCGGGAAGGUAGAAGAGGACGAUAUGCAAAAGGAAGAAUCGUAG